AUGAAGAUGAAGAUAGAAGGGGGCUUUAACAUGAAUCUGGUAGUGGUGGUGGUGGUGGCGUGGUUGGUGAACUUCAACAUCGUUUUUUGUUUUGCUCAUAUUCAUGGCUUUGGGGAGCAACCACUCUCCAAGAUUGCUAUCCAUAAGGCUGUUGUUUCACUCCAUAAUAGCACUUCCAUCGCUGCCACCCCGUCUCUUAUCGGCACAAAGGGUGAGGAUACCCAAUGGGUGACAGUAGAUAUUGAUUACCCUGUCCCAUCUGCAGAUGAUUGGGUUGGAGUUUUCUCUCCUGCAAAGUUCAUUUCAUCAACAUGUCCACCUGUGAGUGAUCCAAAAGUAGAGAUUCCAUACAUAUGUUCCGCCCCUAUUAAGUUCAAGUUUUUGAAUUACUCCAACUCACACUAUACGAAGACAGGAAAAGCUUCUUUAAAGUUCCAGUUGAUCAAUCAACGUGCAGAUUUCUCCUUUGCUCUAUUUUCAGGAGGAUUAUUAAAUCCUAAACUUGUGGCAGUUUCCAAUUUCAUAUCAUUUGUCAAUCCUAAGGCGCCUCUAUAUCCAAGACUAGCUCAGGGGAAGUCUUGGGAUGAAAUGACAGUUACCUGGACUAGUGGAUAUCACAUAAAUGAAGCUAUACCUUUUGUUGAGUGGGGUCAUAAGGGUAAAACACAAGUGCAAACUCCUGCCGGAACAUUGACAUUUGGUCGUAACAGCAUGUGUGGUUCACCUGCACGAACUGUUGGUUGGCGUGACCCUGGUUUCAUACACACCAGUUUUCUCAAAAAUCUUUGGCCAAACAUAAUAUAUACCUAUCGAUUAGGGCAUCUACUGUCUAAUGGUUCUUAUAUUUGGAGCAAGAAAUAUUCAUUUAAGUCAUCACCUUAUCCUGGACAAGACUCACUGCAACGUGUUAUCAUAUUUGGUGACAUGGGGAAGGCCGAACGCGAUGGUUCAAAUGAGUAUAAUGCCUAUCAACCUGGUUCACUUAACACCACUGACCAACUCAUCAAAGAUUUAGAAAAUAUUGACAUCGUUUUCCACAUAGGAGAUAUAACUUAUGCAAACGGAUACAUCUCGCAGUGGGACCAAUUCACUGCUCAAGUGGAACCAAUUGCUUCAAGAGUACCUUAUAUGAUUGCCAGCGGUAAUCACGAACGAGAUUGGCCCAACACAGGAUCCUUUUAUAACACUACAGAUUCAGGUGGGGAAUGUGGAGUUUUGGCGCAGAACAUGUUUUUUGUUCCAGCUGAGAACAGAGCAAACUUUUGGUACGCGACGGAUUAUGGCAUGUUUCACUUCUGCAUUGCUGACAGUGAACAUGAUUGGAGAGAAGGAACAGAACAAUACAAAUUCAUUGAGCAUUGCCUUGCAACAGCAGAUAGACAGAAACAACCCUGGUUGGUUUUUGUGGCUCAUCGGGUACUUGGAUAUUCUUCUGAUUUUUUUUAUGGCAAGGAGGGCUCAUUUGAAGAGCCCAUGGGAAGAGAAAGUUUGCAGAGACUGUGGCAGAAAUAUAAAGUAGAUAUUGCAUUUUAUGGCCAUGUCCAUAACUACGAAAGGACAUGCCCCAUAUAUCAGAAUCAAUGUGUGAAUGAUGAAAGGUCUCACUAUUCUGGUGUUGUGAAUGGAACAAUUCAUGUUGUUGCUGGAGGUGCAGGAUCCCAUUUGUCAAAUUUCAGUGAAGUAACGCCUAAGUGGAGUCUUUUCAGAGACUACGACUUUGGGUUUGUCAAGUUGACAGCAUUCAAUCAUUCAUCUCUCCUCUUUGAAUACAAGAAAAGCAGUGAUGGAAAAGUCUACGAUUCCUUCACCAUUUCAAGGGAUUACAAAGAUGUCUUAGCCUGUGUGCAUGAUGGCUGCGAAGCAACCACUUCAAUAACUUUGAACUAA